AUGGCCGGUUGCUUGCAUUCAUCAGUGUAUCUGGAUACAGUGUAAUUUUUUUAGAUAAUUACCCGUAGAAAAACUGGGAAGAUUCCUUCUAGGAUCAUAGGAGUUUAUUGUGUUUUUUCUCGUCAUUUUAAGCUGGUCUUACAGACGGAUAUAAUUAUUGAGUAAGCUGGAGUCUGACUGUAGCAAUAUGGCGAGUCCAUCGCCUCAAUCAUCUCCUAUGCCACCGCCGCAAGCUCCAAGCCCAAUGGGUCCUCCACAGCAAGCUCCAUCUCCGUCGAAUCCUCAAGGCAGUCCCAUGGGCCCACCACAACAUCAUCCACACAGUCCGACGCAAGGAUAUCAAGGUGGGCCACCAAUGCCACCGGGUGGACCUCCUAUGUCACAACCUCCACAACAACCACCAUCGCAACAACAGAAUUAUCCACCUCAUCCACAGCAAAUGCCACCCAACAUGGGUCCUCAGAAUCAAGGUGGAUCUGGUCCAGUCGGCCAAGGACCAAAUCCUCAACAGGGACCGGUUGGAUCGAUGGUACCUGGUCAAAUAGGUCCUAAUGGGCCUCAAAGUGGAAGACCUGUGGGAAACAGUCCAAGUAAUCAAAUAGGACCUGGAGGACAAAUGGGACCUGGCAGUCAAAUGAGUCAAACUGGUCCUGCUAAUCAGAUGGGUCAGUUAGGACCAGGAAGUGGCCCGGGCACACAAAUGGGACCAGGAAGUAGCCCUGGUGGACAAAUGGGUCCAGGUAAUGGACCUAGUGGUCCUGGUGGUCCAAUGGGACCUGGGAAUGGACCUACUGGACCUGGUCAAAUGGGACCCGGCGGUGGUCCUGGUGGACCGCAAUUGGGACCAGGAGGACAAAUGGUACCUAGUAGUCAGAUGUCUCAAAGUGGGCCAACAAAUCAACUAGGACCCAAUGGGCCAAGUAAUCAGAUGGGUCCAGGAGGACCAGCCAAUCAAAUGAGCCAUGGAGUUGCUAGCGGUCAAAUGGGCCCAAAUGGACUCGGCGGACAACCGACGUCCAAUCAGAUAGGUCCCAAUACGCCAAAUCAAGGACAAAUAGUUCCUGGAAGUUCAGGUCCAAUGGGGCCAGGUGCACCGGUAAAUCAAAUGAGUCAAACUGGACCUGGUCAUAUUGGGCCUAGUGGUCCUACAGGUCCACCUGGUCCUGGUCAAGAAAAUUUGAAUGCUUUACAAAAAGCUAUCGAUUCCAUGGAAGAAAAAGGUCUUCAGGAAGAUCCACGAUAUUCGCAACUACUAGCGCUAAGAGCUCGCCAAGGAAGUAGCAUGGGAGAGAAACAAACAUUUAGUGCUCAACAGUUACAACAACUACGAGUACAAAUUAUGGCGUAUCGUAUAUUAGCAAGGAAUCAGCCCUUGUCACAACAAUUAGCACUUGCUGUUCAAGGCGGAGCUCCACCCCCGGGUAUGGCUCAACGUCCUAUGGAUCCAUCUCAAGGACCAACUACUACUGCAGGACCACAAAUUCCAGGUCCUAAUGUAAUAGGUCCUGCAGGUGCUCCAAGACCGGGUUGUCAAACACCUCAACAGCAACAACCACCUCAACAAGGUGCUAAAACUAAUAGAGUAACGAGUGUUCCAAAGCCAGUAGGAUUGGAUCCAUUAUUAAUCUUGCAAGAACGAGAGAAUAGAGUUGCGGCUCGUAUUGCAUUAAGAAUGGAACAACUUAGUAACUUGCCAACAAAUAUGCCCGAAGAUCUUCGUAUUCAAGUCCAGAUAGAAUUACGGAUGCUGAGGGUACUCAAUUUUCAACGACAACUUAGAUCUGAGAUAAUAGCAUGUACUCGAAAGGAUACAACUCUAGAAACAGCAGUUAAUGUAAAGGCUUACAAGCGUACGAAAAAGCAAGGAUUAAGAGAAGCAAGAGCCACUGAAAAAUUAGAAAAGCAACAAAAGUUGGAAGCUGAACGUAAACGUAGACAAAAACAUCAAGAAUUUCUUAGCUCAGUUCUUCAACAUGGUAAAGAUUUCAAAGAAUUUCAUAGAAAUAAUGUGGCCAAAUUGGCUAGACUCAAUAAAGCUGUACUCAACUAUCAUGCCAAUGCUGAACGUGAACAAAAGAAAGAACAAGAACGUAUCGAAAAGGAGCGUAUGCGUCGUCUUAUGGCUGAGGAUGAAGAAGGAUAUAGAAAAUUGAUCGAUCAAAAGAAAGACAAACGUUUAGCUUUCCUUUUAUCGCAGACUGACGAAUAUAUUAGUAAUCUUACAGAAAUGGUGAAACAACAUAAGAUAGAACAAAAGAGAAAGCAAGUUGAAGAGCAGAAACGUAAAAAGAAGAAGAAGAAGCUUCAGGAUGGUGAAAUUAAUGAAGAUGGUAGCCCAAGUGAUGAUACUCGCGUUGGCGUUAUCGAAGUAGCAACUGGUCGUACUUUAACUGGAGAUGAAGCACCUUUGAUGAGUCAACUUUCUGCAUUUUUAGAAGCUCAUCCUGGUUGGGAACCAAUCGAUUCUGAAAGCGAAGACGACGAUGAAGAUGAGGAAGAUGAGAAUAAAGAAAAACCAAUGGGCGAUUCCGAAGAAGAAAAAGUGAAAAAGACGAUACACAAAGCCAAGGUCGAAGAUGAUGAAUAUAAAACGGAAGAACAAACAUAUUAUAGUAUCGCACAUACUGUUCACGAAGUUGUUACAGAACAAGCUUCAAUUAUGGUUAACGGAAAAUUGAAAGAAUAUCAGAUUAAAGGUUUGGAGUGGUUGGUAUCACUGUUUAAUAAUAAUCUUAAUGGUAUUUUGGCGGAUGAAAUGGGUCUUGGUAAGACAAUUCAAACUAUAGCUUUGGUCACAUAUCUAAUGGAGAAGAAGAAAGUCAAUGGUCCAUUUUUAAUCAUUGUUCCAUUAUCUACACUUUCAAAUUGGGUUCUUGAGUUCGAAAAAUGGGCACCUAGCGUCGUGGUGGUAUCUUAUAAGGGAUCACCAGCUGGUAGACGUGCCAUUCAAUCUCAAAUGCGAGCAACUAAGUUUAAUGUCCUAUUAACAACAUAUGAAUAUGUUAUCAAGGAUAAGGGUGUAUUGGCAAAGUUGCAAUGGAAGUAUAUGAUUAUCGACGAAGGUCACAGAAUGAAAAAUCAUCAUUGCAAAUUAACACAAGUCUUAAAUACGCAUUAUUUAGCCCCUCAUAGGCUUUUGUUAACUGGUACACCGUUACAGAAUAAAUUACCUGAGUUAUGGGCUUUAUUGAAUUUCUUAUUGCCUUCGAUAUUUAAAUCUUGUAGUACGUUUGAACAAUGGUUUAACGCACCAUUUGCAACGACUGGUGAAAAGGUUGAACUGAACGAGGAAGAAACUAUUUUGAUUAUUCGCCGUUUGCACAAAGUUUUGCGACCAUUUUUAUUGAGACGUUUGAAAAAAGAAGUUGAAUCGCAAUUACCUGACAAAGUUGAAUAUAUUAUUAAAUGUGAUAUGUCUGGACUUCAAAAAGUACUUUACAAGCAUAUGCAGAGUAAAGGCGUUCUACUAACAGAUGGUUCGGAGAAAGGCAAACAGGGCAAGGGUGGCGCUAAGGCUUUAAUGAACACUAUUGUACAAUUGAGAAAAUUAUGUAAUCAUCCUUUCAUGUUUCAAGCUAUCGAAGAAAAAUAUUGCGAACAUGUUGGCACACAAGGAUCCGGAGUUAUCACUGGACCUGAUUUAUAUCGGGCAUCUGGAAAAUUUGAACUGUUGGAUCGUAUUCUUCCAAAAUUGAAAGCUACCAACCACAGAGUAUUGCUUUUCUGUCAAAUGACACAAUUGAUGACGAUUAUGGAGGAUUACUUAAGUUGGAGAGGAUUUAUGUAUCUGCGAUUGGAUGGUACAACGAAGGCUGAAGACAGAGGGGAUUUGUUAAGAAAGUUCAAUGACCCUGGUUCAGAAUAUUUUCUUUUCUUACUGUCCACUCGUGCUGGUGGUCUCGGUUUGAAUUUACAAGCAGCUGAUACUGUAAUUAUUUUUGAUUCAGAUUGGAAUCCACAUCAGGAUUUACAAGCACAAGAUCGAGCUCACAGAAUCGGUCAAAAAAACGAAGUACGUGUGCUUAGAUUGAUGACCGUAAAUUCCGUAGAAGAAAGGAUAUUAGCUGCGGCUAGAUAUAAAUUAAACAUGGACGAGAAAGUCAUUCAAGCUGGAAUGUUUGAUCAAAAGUCUACAGGUUCCGAGCGUCAACAGUUCUUGCAGAGUAUUUUGCAUCAGGAUGAUGCCGAGGAUGAAGAAGAGAACGAAGUACCAGACGAUGAGACGGUGAAUCAAAUGAUCGCUAGAACCGAAGGUGAAUUUGAAAUAUUUCAAAAAUUGGAUUUAGAACGAAGAAGAGAAGAAGCUAAAUUAGGACCGAAUAGAAAGUCUCGAUUAUUGGAGGAAGCGGAAUUACCUGAUUGGCUCGUUAAGGAUGACGAUGAAGUAGAAAGAUGGACUUACGAGGAAGAUGAAGAAAGAUAUCUUGGUAGAGGUUCAAGGCAACGUAAAGAGGUCGAUUAUACGGAUAGUAUCACUGAGAAAGAAUGGUUAAAGGCUAUCGAUGAUGAUGGUGCGGAAUAUGACGAGGAAGAAGAGGAUGAUAAAAAGAAGAAAAAGACAAGGAAACGAAAGAAGAAAGGCGAAGAAGAUGACGAACCUAUGCCAAAGAAACGAAGAGGUGCUGGAUCGUCGAUUGAUCCAAAGAUGAAACGUGCGAUGAAAAAGUUGAUUAUGGUAGUUGUAAAUUAUACCGAUAGUACCGAUGGUAGAUUACUUAGUGAACCAUUCAUGAAGCUACCAUCCCGACGAGAGUUACCAGAUUAUUAUGAAAUUAUAAAAAAGCCAUUAACUAUAAAUAAAUUGUUGCAAAAAAUCGAAGAAGGCAAAUACGCCGACUUUGAUGAACUGGAAAAAGAUUUUAUGCAACUAUGUAAAAAUGCACAGAUCUAUAAUGAAGAAGCUUCUCUUAUUCAUGAAGAUUCUAUAGUUUUGCAAUCUGUAUUUACGAAUGCUCGACAACGUUUGGAGGAAGAAGGAAAUAUUUCCGAUUUAGAUGACAAAGACGGUGAAGAAGGAUCCGAUGCUGAUUCUAGUGUGAGAAUGAAGAUAAAACUUAAAGGUAGAAAAAGCGAAGGUAGAGGUGGUCGUAGGAAAAGAGUUACAAAGAAAUAUAUUUCCGAUGACGAUGAUGAUGCUGAUGACAAUUAAAUAUUAAAUGUGAUUAUUUAAUAUAGAAGUUUUAAAGAAUACGGUAAUAUUUACAUUCAAAACUAUUUAUCUUAAAUUUUUUUUUUUUUUUGUGAAGCGGUAUAUAUACUUCGCGUUUAAGGCCGACUAUUGUAAUUAUAAAGUUUCAAAAGUUAUUCUACAAAAAGAUAUAUCUAAUAAUAAUUAAAACUUGAUUUUAUAGUACAAGAUACGAUACUAUUGUUUAAUCAAGUUUAGAAAAGGGCAAAUCAUUGUUACUAUUAGAAGUUCAAAGAUAGCUCUCUUCUUAUAGAAUUAGAUAUAUUUAAGGGAAAUAAAAAAGAACAAAAAAGAAAAAAAAAGGAGAAACUGAAGAUUCUGCUUUUUUUUUUUUUAAAAAUAAACUUUGUUUUAAUUUUGAGUGAUCAUAUGUGUGCAUCGAUUGCAUAGUGUACAGUAAAAAAUAGGAUUAAGGACUGCAAUUUUAUUUGUACGAACAUAUUACCAGUUUAUAUAUUGAUCGAUACUUCUUUUUUUAAAGAAAAUAUUACAGUAAAUUCUGUUAUACCAUCAAACACUCUUAUUAGCCUUUAAAAACCAUAAUACAUUCGAGAUAUGAUUUUUUUCUUCCUAAUUAUAUAGAUUCUUUUUAAAUUUUAAUACUUUCAAGUUUUAUUAGUAUUACACUUAUGAUAUUGCAAAUGUAACUGCCAGCGAUUGGUUUACAAUACACUAUUAUCUUUGUUAUAAUUUCACAUAUUGUCCAUUCAAAAUGCAUAAACAAUAUUGAAAUGGUAAUAUUAUAAAAGCUUAAGAUGAUCAAUUACCAAGUAUUUACUAGUACAUAAUGACAUCGUAGUAAUUAUCCUUAUUAUAAAAAAACAAGUGUAUUUUUAAAUUAUGUAAUUUUUUAUUCCAGUACAUUAAGUUGAAUUCCUUUAGAAAUAAAUAUUUUUUUCUUCA